UCUCCUGGCCAUAGCUGCCCCCGAAUUCUGGCAUUUACCCCACAUCUACUACGCAGGGUCUCGGUACCAUGUGGACUCCAACCGAGGAUGAGAAAUACGGUGUGGUGAUUUGUAACUUCCGUGCAUCAGCGCCUCAAGGGUUAACGUUGGAACUGGGAGAAACGGUCCACAUUCUGGAGAAAUGUGAAGGCUGGUACAGAGGAUCAUCAUUCAGAAACCCCAGUGCCAAGGGGAUCUUUCCAGUAAACAUUAUCCAUUUGAAAAAGGCUACAGUCAGCAACAGAGGGCAGUAUGAGACAGUGGUCCCUGUGGAAGACCCUGUUGUCACAGAGGUGACGUCCACGCUGCAGGAAUGGGCCUCCCUAUGGAAACAGCUAUAUGUGAAACACAAGGUGGAUCUCUUCUACAAGCUGCGUCAUGUCAUGAACGAGAUCAUUGACCUGCGCAGACAGCUGCUGUCAGGUCAUCUCACACAGGACCAAGUUCGAGAGGUCAAGAGACACCUGACUGUGCGCCUGGACUGGGGCAAUGAACACCUGGGCCUGGACUUAGUCCCGCGCAAGGAAUUCGAGGCAGUAGAUUCAGAUCAGAUCAGUGUCUCUGACUUGUACAAAAUGCACCUGACAAGUCGACACAGUGUUCAGCAGAGUACAAACCAGGCAGACACCCUGCGGCAGCGUCACAAGGAGCCACGCGCUCCCGUUCCACACCACCUGCUGCUCAAUCUGAAGAGCUUCACUCACAACAACAUUGGGGAGGAUGUGGACCUCUUCUUCUCACUGUAUGACAUGAGGGAAGCACGUCAGAUCAGUGAAAGGUUUAUGGUGCGACUGAACAAGAACGGGGGACCCAGAAACCCAGAGAAGGCAGAAAGACUGUGUGCGCUGUUCACGGACUUGAGCAGUAAGGAUGUAAAGAGAGACCUGCAUCUCGUCGUUCAUGUCGUCAGAAUAGGCCGUAUGCUGUUAAAUGACUCUCGGAAGGGCCCCCCUCAUAUCCAUUAUCGCCGUCCUUAUGGGUGUGCUGUGCUAAGCCUCGGCGAGGUGCUUCCAGCACUCUGUGAACAUCGAGACGAGAAGGACUUUGUGCUGAAAGUGUAUAUGUGUAAUAAUGAGAGCGAAUGGUACCAAAUACAUGAAAAUAUUAUCCGCAAGACCAGCACCAAGUACUCUACACCCAGCUCCAACUACGGGCUAAUUGUGUCAUUACAGCUGUUACGUGGGGACAUGGAUCAGAUCCGCAGGGAAAACCAGCUGUUGUUUAACAGGGGUGCUGCUGUGACACGGAAGUUGGGGUUCCCUGAUGUCAUCAUGCCAGGUGAUGUCCGCAACGACCUAUAUGUGACUCUGGAGAAAGGUGACUUUGAGAGAGGAGGAAAGAGCGUGCAGAAGAACAUCGAGGUCACCAUGCAUGUUCUGUAUGCCGAUGGAGAAAACCUGAGGGACUGUGUGAGUCUGGGUACAGGAGAACCCCCUCGAAGUCAGUAUCACUCCUUCGUCCUAUAUCACAAUAACAGUCCUCGCUGGGGGGAGCUCAUCAAACUACCGAUCCCAAUCGACAGAUUCCGUGGAUCUCAUUUGCGCUUCGAGUUCAGACACUGCUCCACAAAGGAUAAAGGGGAGAAAAAACUCUUUGGAUUCUCUUUCACGCCUCUCAUGAGGGACGAUGGGACCACUCUGUCUGAUGACAUCCAUGAGCUCUAUGUGUAUAAGUGUGAUGAGAACAGCACUUUCAAUAACCACGCCUUGUACUUGGGACUUCCUUGCUGCAAGGAUGACCUUAGUGGUUGUCCCAACAUCCCGUCCAGUCUGAUCUUCCAGCGCAGCCCCAAAGAGACCUUUUGCAUCUCAACUCAGCUCUCCUCCACAAAGCUCACUCAGAAUGUUGACCUCCUGGCUCUCUUGAAGUGGAAGGGCUACCCAGAUCGUGUGAUGGAUAUUCUUGGGCGUCUGCGGCACGUGAGCGGAGAAGAGAUUGUAAAGUUUUUACAGGAUAUCCUGGACACGUUGUUUGUCAUCCUGGAUGAUAACACAGAGAAGUAUGGUCUGCUUGUCUUCCAAUCACUGGUUUUCAUCAUCAAUCUCUUGAGGGAGAGCAAAUAUUACCAUUUCCGACCAGUUCUAGACACAUAUAUACAGAAACACUUUGCUGGGGCCCUUGCAUACAGGGAGCUGAUUCGCUGCUUGAAGUGGUACAUGGAACGUUCUGCUGAACUUGUUAGACAAGACCACAUCCAAGAGGCGAUGAGGGCUUUGGAGAAUCUCUUUAAGUUCAUCAUCCAGUCACGCUUGCUUUUUGCUCGCUCCACUGGAGGCCUGGAGGAGGAACAGUUCCGUUGCAGCAUCCAUGAGCUUUUCCAGUCCAUGCGUUUUGUCCUGAGCCUAGACACACGCAGCUCAGACACUCUGCUAUUUACACAGGCUGCCCUCCUCAGCUCCUUCCCGGCAAUCUUUGAGGAGUUGUUGCCCAUGUUCUCUGUGACUGAGGUGGCAGAGUUUGUACGUGGUACCCUCAGCAGUCUGCCCAGCACCUUGCAUUUGGGACAAUCUAUGGACGUGGUGAAGCUUCAGGCUAUUGGCCGCACCGUGGAUUGCCGGCUCUUCACAUACCCAGAUGCCCGUAGGAUCCUUCUGCCCGUGGUCCUGCAUCACAUCCACUUGCACCUCCGGCAGCAGAAGGAGCUCCUAGUUUGCUCGGGAAUUCUCAGCAGCAUCUUCUCCAUCAUCAAGAGCAACUCGGCGGAGGUGGAUGUAGGAGAGGAGGUACAGAUGCUGCAAGAGAGUCUUCUAGAUGUGCUGCUUCAAACCCUGCUCAUUAUCAUGAGUAAAUCUCAGGCCCAGGAGGCGGUAAGAGGCCAGCGGUGUCCACAGUGUACAGCAGAGAUAACUGGGGAGUAUGUUUCUUGUCUCCUGUCUUUGCUCCGUCUGAUGUCAGAUACACAUUACCAGCAUCUACUGCACAACUUCCAGAGCAAGGAAGAGUUAAAGGAAUUCCUGCUGAAAAUUUUCUGUGUCUUUCGGAAUUUGCUGAAGUUGAGCGUCUUCCCCCCAGACUGGACCGUUAUGAGACUCCUCGCCAGCAACAUCAUUGUGACUACUAUUCAAUACGUUUCACCGGCGGUGCACAAGAAUUUUUGUGAAGGGGACUUUGAUUUCAAGGUGUGGAACUCUUACUUUAGUUUGGCUGUUCUGUUCAUAAACCAGCCCAGCCUGCAGCUAGAGAACUUUGCUGCUGGCAAGAGGAGACGGAUCCUGGAUAAGUAUGGAGACAUGAGGGUCAUGAUGACAUAUGAACUAUUCAACAUGUGGCAGAACCUGGGAGAGCACAAAUAUCACUUUAUCCCAGGAAUGAUUGGUCCCUUCCUGGGGGUGUCUCUGGUUCCUCAGCCAGAAGUACGAAAUAUAAUGAUCCCCAUAUUCCAUGACAUGAUGGAUUGUGAACAAAGGCGCAAUGGUAACUUUAAGCAGGUGGAGGCUGAACUCAUUGAUAAGCUGGACACUUUGGUCUCCGAGGGAAAAGGAGAUGAAAAUUAUCGAGAGCUCUUCAGUCUUCUCUCUCAGCUGUUUGGUCCGUACCCAAGCCUGCUGGAGAAGAUUGAGCAGGAGACAUGGAGAGAACCAGGAGCCUCGUUUGUGACGUCAGUUACACGCCUGAUGGAGAGACUUCUGGACUACAGGGACUGUAUGAAAGGCGAAGAGACAGAAAACAAGAAAGUUGGCUGCACAGUUAAUCUCAUGAAUUUCUACAAAUCGGAAAUAAAUAAAGAAGAGAUGUACAUCAGAUACAUUCAUAAGCUAUGUGACAUGCAUCUGCAGGCGGAAAGCUAUACAGAGGCCGCAUUCACUCUGCUCCUGUACUGGGAGUUAUUACAUUGGGAGGAUCGCUCCCUGCGCGAGCUCCUCAACUACCCGGCACAGAGUGAGUGGCAGCGAAAGGAAGGACUCAGCCGCAAAAUCAUUCACUACUUCAACAAGGGCAAGUGCUGGGAGUUUGCAGUUCCUCUAUGCAGGGAGCUCGCUGCUCAGUAUGAGAAACUGUAUGAUUACCAAAGUCUGAGCUGGAUCCUGAAAAUGGAGGCCUCCUUUUAUGACCAUAUUAUGGACCAACAGAGGCUGGAGCCUGAGUUUUUCAGAGUGGGAUUUUAUGGAAAGAAGUUUCCUUUCUUCUUGAGGAACAAGGAAUUUGUCUGCCGGGGUCAUGAUUACGAGCGGUUGGAGGCAUUUCAGCAGAGGAUGCUGAGCGAGUUCCCACAGGCUAUCGCAAUGCAACAUCUCAACCAUCCUGAUGACACCAUAUUGCAGAGUGACUCCCAAUACUUGCAGAUCUACGCAGUAACCCCCCUCCCUGAUACCCCAAGGGUAUUGCAAAUGGACCAAGUUCCUGAAAGAAUUAAGAGCUUCUACAGAGUGAACAAUGUACGCAGGUUCCGAUAUGACCGGCCGUUUCACCGUGGACCACGGCAUAAGGACAACGAGUUUAAGAGUCUGUGGAUAGAGCGCAGCACUCUCACUCUGUCUCACAGCCUUCCUGGAAUUUCCUGCUGGUUCGAAGUACAGAAGAGAGAGCUGGUGGAGGUCAGCCCUCUGGAGAACGCACUGCAGGUUCUGGGUAACAAGACACAGGAGCUUCGUGCACUGAUCACACAGUACCAGCACCACAAUCUACACGGGAACAUCAAUUUGCUCAGCAUGUGCCUGAAUGGAGUCAUAGACGCCGCCGUGAAUGGGGGCAUCACACGCUAUCAGGAAGCAUUCUUUGACAAGGAGUACAUCACACAGCACCCUGAAGAUGCUGACAAGAUCAGCCAACUAAAGGAACUCAUGCAGGAGCAGGUACAUGUGUUAGGUGUGGGUCUGGCGGUACAUGAAAGAUGUGUGCACCCCGAGAUGCGACCUCUACACAAGAAGUUGGUGGAUCAGUUCCAGGUUAUGCGUUCUAGUCUGUACCAGGAAUUCCCUACCUUGGAGAAGUUAAAUAGCUCUUGCCCUCCCAUUCCUCGAAGUAACAUUCUGUUAUCUCAUGGACCCGUGAGCACGGACAGCUUGCGACUACUCCACAGACACAGUCCCCUGGUGGUCCUGAGCUCCGUACGGCAUUCCUCUUCCUCUCUCUCAUCACAUGCGUCUAGUGACACCGGCACCACUCCCACCGCUGGAGACAGCGAGACAGAAGACCCCUACUCCAUGCAGAUGCUGCUACCACACUCUCUCCAUGCUGGAUCCAUCACUAAUGUUUCUGCAUUGUCCUCAUCUUACACAAGCCCCUCCUCCUCCAGCCUGAGCUCCACCCAUUCUGCGCCUUCCCAACUUAUUAAUUCUGCUCCGUCAAGUACACGAGGUUCUCCAUCUCUUCCUGAUAAGUACCGUCACACCCGAGAUAUGGUGAUGCUGCUUCCAUCUCCAAGGGAUAGACCAAGCAGUGCUAUGUACCAAACCGGCACAGACAGCAGCCAGCGAUGUGUGUACCCUCGCGCACUGUUCCAGCAGGUCCUCGGCCCAUGUAAGCCAUGCAGUGACCCCAACCUAUCUGUAGCAGAGAAAGUGCUUGCCGCCCCUAGCAGUUGGAGUCUGGAUAGUGGGACCAGAGAAUCUUUUCCUUUCUUGACAUCUCAUGUUGGAAGUGUCCUCACCCCAACAGGGACCUCCAGGGGCUUGACACAAGGUCAUUACUCUCUGCACUUUGAUGCUUUUCAUCCCUCUGUGGGGGAGGCUACUCCAGCGCUACCCACAAGAUCCCUGCGCAAGAGUCCUCUACAUACCAUCCCAGCCUCCCCCACUAGCCCACAGUCGUGUUUAGAUGGCAGUAACUCUCCACUUUCGGGCAGUGCUAGUAGUGGUGUCUCUUCCCUGAGCGAUGGCAACUUCUCUGGAUGUCCAGACCCUGGGUCCACUCCAGACCACCGACCUGAUGAAGAACAAUGCAGAGGCUUUCAACACUACCCUCCUGUGCGGUACAGCCUCUCGGACCCCAAUGGCCUGGAGGCCUCAAAGCUUCAGCCCUGCCGCAGUCACUCAGCACCCAGCGGGGUCACACCACCUCGUUCUCCAAGUGGCGAGCAGGAGGAUGGUGGUGUAGAUCACGAACGGUUACAGAAGCCCAGACGAAACUGCCCUGGGGGCAAGGAACAGCCAGCAAGGGUUGGGUGGGAGCACAACAUAGGCAAACCUUAGGCAGGGUCACUUUGGAGGAGCAAAGGGGACAACAGGAGGAAAACAUAAAAGAUAUGUUUGCAUGUCUGUUUAUCAGGAUGAAUCGGGAGACGUAUGUCCACAGUGUUUGGAUUGUGAGAAGACGAAAGGUUAUGAUGUCUGCAUUUACGUGUGACUUGGUGAUAGAUGGUGUGAGCAAUACAUGCUUGUACCAUCUAUGAAACAAAAUGAGAUGGGUGGUGUGUAUUAAGAAAAGCCAAGAACUGCAUGCCCCGAGUAAUGUGUGUUAGGAGGGAUGAGGGUAGAAUAUAUAUAUCCUUACACUAGGAUAUCAGAGGUAUGUGCUUGUGAUUUAUGAGCUAAGACGAUCACCUCUGAAUUAAAAAGAAAUUAUGGUUAAAAUAUAUAUUUCUCCUGCACAAAAAAAGAGGACUUUGUAGCCGUGUCCUGUGUAUGAAGGUUUUAGAGUUAUUUGAAGUUACAUUGAUGUUUCCAUUAGCCUAAAGAAGACUACUUUCCGUUUCACUCUUUACUUCCUGCUGUGCCCCCGGUAGCUUCACUGAUAUAUAAUGAUAUAUAAUGAUA